AACGGUGAGGUUGCAUGGCUUGAAGUUUUAUGUCCAGUUUCAACCUCUGACAGCUGUUUGAGGCUCCUGCAGCAUGUGGCACCUCCUGCACCACUGGAGACAGACCUUCCCAGAGAGCCCAGCAAUGCCAGCGAUCUCACCACCCAUGGGCAGAGCUGUGCCUGGCCCUUCAGAGCUCACUCUCCCUACAGCUUUGGGAAAGAUUAACUUCAGCCUCUAUUCACAAAAAGAUUGGGCCAACUCCAUGGGGUUAAAGUGACUAUUAAAGUGACUAUUGUCUCUUCUUUGCAGGACCUGAAGCAAGGCGUAUUCCAGUAUGUUGAAGCUGUGUGGAGUUCAGUUUCUGCUUGUCAUUCAUUCGGCUAUGUGCCAGUACUUGGGGGACCUGCAUGUAACUGGGCCUCUGAAGGACAUGAAUUUCUCUGUUCCAGAAGGAGGGGGAGUGCGCUUCAUCUACCAGUUCACAUCUGAGGUGCCUGCUGUGAGUUUCAGAGUGACUGGCGAAACAGAUGGAAUCAUUGACAUUGUGCCAAGGACAGGCAUCCUGUAUCUCAAUGGGUCUCUGGACUGGGAGACCAGACCAGUGCACAGGCUGCAGGUGGAAAGCCUGGAUCAAAAGGGAAACAUAGUGGAAGGUCCAUACACUGUUACAAUAUAUGUGGAGGAUAUCAAUGACAACCCUCCACAAUUUGACCAGAUAAAGUACACUGGAGUAGUGAGGCAGAACUCUCGUCCAGGCAAGCCCUUCAUGUAUGUCCACGCCACUGACCGAGAUGAUCCUACAACUCCCCAUGCACAGCUGACAUACAGCAUUCUCCAUCAUUUUCCCAACCCUUAUGCAGAAAUGCUUUUCCAGAUCAAUAAUGUAACUGGAGCAAUCUCACCAAGUAAGAUGGGCUCUCAUUACUUAGAUCCUCAAAAGCAGGACACCUUCACGCUUGUCGUCACUGUGAAGGACAUGGCAGGAAUGACAAUGAAUGCUUUCACCAGCAGUGCUGAUGUGAUCAUCACUGUGAAGGAGAGCCUGUGGAAAGCUCCCCCCAUCAUCCACAUCCAAGAAAAUUCAACCCAGGUCCACCCUGUCAAUAUCAGCCAGGUGCAGUCAAAUGAGCCAGAUGUAAUUUAUGACCUUUUUGAAAGAGAAAAGCUGCGCAGGCUCCCAUUUUCAGUCGAUCAGAAUGGUGUUAUUUAUGUGACCAAACCAUUGGACAGGGAAGAAAAGGAUACUUAUGAUUUCUUUGUGGUCACAAAAGAUAAGCAGGGAGAGCUGGUGGACAAGCCUCUGCAUGUUUCUGUUAUUGUGGAAGACAUUAAUGACAAUCCCCCUGUGUGCCAGCAGCCCCUCACUGUAAUUGAAGUUCAAGAAAAUGAAGGUGGAGGGAGUAAUAUUGGCACUCUGCUGGCAACGGACAUGGAUGAGGAGAACACUCUUAACUCUCGUCUGCAGUUCAAAAUUGCAAGUCAGGUUCCUGAUGCUCCUGCAAGUAAUCUGUUCUUUAUUCAGCAAGACACUGGGGUUUUGCACUUAACUAGCCGUUCAUUAAACAAGCGCAUUGCAUCCAACUAUUCUUUGAAGGUGCUGGUGACAGAUGCUGUAUUCCAAACGAUCUGUGAUGUGCAAAUACACGUCAUCGACAUCAAUGAUCAGAUUCCCAUCUUUGAAAUAUCAGAUUAUCACCACGUGAAUGUUGCAGAAAAUAUCCCAGUAGGAACAGUGAUAUUGGAAAUCCAAGCUACUGAUAGAGACGAGCCUGCCACAGGGAGCUCCUACAUCAUUUACCAAAUGAAGGAAGGAGAUCCAAACAACACGUUCAUCAUAGAGACAGAUCCUGAAACAAACCGAGGCUUCGUCAAGAUUAAUAAGGCUCUUGAUUUUGAAGCAGCUCCAGUAUACAACCUGGUGAUCAAUGCCACAAACCCUGAACCGCUGGUGCCAGGCGUGCAGUACAACUCGAGCUCCCUUGCCAUUUUUAAAGUUUUCGUAUCAAACGUGGAUGAACCGCCUGUUUUCCACAAGACAGUUUACAAUAAAGAAGUGUCUGAAGAUGUUCCUGUCAAUACUCUGAUCAUAACGGUGGAGGCCUAUGAUCCUGAGGGGGAUACUGUACGAUACUCCUUAGAAGGUGACGUGAGGAAAUGGCUGAGGAUUGAUUCAGCCACCGGGCAGGUAUACACUGCUUCCACUUUGGAUCGAGAACAACAAGAAAUGUACACAGUUGAGGUUGUUGCGUCAGAGCUAAGUAAUGCAGCUCAAAAAUCCAAAACAACCUUGAUACUACACUUAAGUGAUGUGAAUGACAACCCUCCACACUUAGCUAUGGAUUAUCCACCUUUCUUCUGCCACCCACUCAGUGGAGGAGAGAGAGCUUUCAUUCAAGCUGCUGAUGCUGAUGAACAGUGGUAUUAUCCAAAAUUUACUUUUUCUCUUGCGGAUGAUAUGAAUACAAGAAAUAAUUGGGAAAUCUCAAAAGUCAAUGGUACUCAUGCUUACCUCUCCCCAAAACAUGUUGACUUUGAAGAGAAGGUCUAUAAUGUUCCAGUAAUAAUUAAUGACAAUGGACAGCCACCUUUGGAAAUGAAAGUGAAUCUUGAAGUAAACAUCUGCAAGUGUUCAAGUGAAAAGUCAUGUUUUAUCGAAGUACAGCGUGAACACUUCUGGCCAAGUCCCGGCCAGGCAAUUGGGAUUCUGAUUGGGGUCCUGCUUGUCAUUGGUUUAAUUUUAGGGACUGUGUUUUUUCGGAUGAAACACAAACAGAAAAAUGAAAAGAAGAGACAUAAGAAAGAUGUAAGGGAUAAGUCUGAACUCAACAGACUGGCUUAAUGACUGUUUCAUCAAGAGACAAAAAUGCCCUUUGGGUCUGAGCUUUGUAGCUCACAAAGCCCAGAAGUGUACUAUCACAAACUGAGGAUACAAACAUGCAAAAGCAGGCUCCCAGGGUUUUGUCUUCACUUUUGUGAACUAAAAUAGCAUGUUUCACUAAUACUAUUCAGUCAUGAAGCAGAAAACAUACGUACGCUUCAGCAGCAGCCAUUAAUAAGAAUAUCAGCUUUGGCCAAAGUGUUAACUCACGACAACACCAAAUGCUGAGCUCCUGCAAGGAUGAAUACAUGGGACGUUUUUGUGUUGGACCUUCUUUGUGUGGACCUUCUUUGUUUGGCAGCUGAAGUAAAUAUGGACUUCUCAGAGGACUACAUUUUGUCUAACUGCACAUCUUCGGAUCUUUCCAUCUCACUAAGUUACCGAAUAGCAGAAUGGCAAAUAAAGUCCUGUGCUACAUUUGAAGAUGUCCCAUGAAAUUGGAGGAAUCUCUGACUCUCAACAAAGGAGCUUCCAAAUUUACUGUAAUCUGUAAUCUGCCCUGGGUCAUGCCUGCUUACAUUAUGCUAGUGAAUUUGUGCUAACUAGCAAUGUGACAUUUCAGUUUUUCAUUUUUGAUAUCCACAGAAUAUAACCAGUUUGUGAAGCACCGUGGCCUUUCAUUAUCGUUUCCGAGUUAAAAAAGACAUUCUGAGUCAUGUGGAAUUGGGUAAUGUUCUGUUUAUCAUACUGCUGCAAAUAUUGUUCUUGCCCCCUACACAUUAGAUAAGAAUAAAAAAGUUCUUUAAAGGUU